CACAGCUGGGCUACUGCUGUCCCGUGCGGCUGCCAUAGGAUGAUGACAUUAUUAGGGAAUACAAUUGCUUACUUUAUUUGAAGAAGGUAAUAUUUAGAGGAUAUGGAAUAUUUUAUUUUUACUAAAGAUGUAUAAUGCUAAAGAAAUCCCCGGGAUUACAAUUACUUGUUUGUUGAUUCUCUUUAUUUUCUUGGACUGACUGGAAAGAAUAUAUCUAAAGAGUGCUCGUUGGUUUAGAAGAGAAAGAAAGGAAAAUAUACAAGAAAAGAAGAUGCAAGUGGAAUGUAAAGAGGAAAGACGGACCUGUGUGUAGGAAAAUACAUGUGAGUCGGUGAGGGAAACAGAUCUGGAAUGAAGAUAAUUGUAAAUACCAUGACGGUGUGCGCCUUACUAUACAAUACGAAACAUGUUGUUGAGGAAGAGGUGCAAAUCCCUGCUGUGCCAGCUGCAAAUACUUAUUCUUAUGUUGGCAUUAGUUCUGCUGCUGGUUAUGGUGGCCAUGCUAGAUCCAGAAGUCCAGAGUGAGGACAAUUCCAUCUAUCUUAACCAGCAUCAUGGAGGGGGAAGACAAGGAUGGGCAGGUGUCGGCUCAUUGCUGGAGUCUGUUGAAGAAGCCAAUGAGUAUAAGGUGGAGGUUCUGUCUCCUCUAUCGUCUCUCAGGGAUGAGGAACUAAUAGCUAUUGGGUUGUCUGAAAGCAGACGAAGCCUUGACAAGGUCAGGAAGAACAUGUACAGGAUAGUGAAGCAGCACAAGAGGAAGAAUGAACAUGAUGUAGGUACUGACACUGACCAAACGGAACAAGCUAAGACUAUAAAUAGGUUCGAUGAGGAUGACAAUCAGAAAAUAUCUUUACACAGGACAAUACCUGAGGGCAGAAAUGCGCUAUGUCUCGAGCAAUCGUACAAUGAGAAUCUUCCUACCACUAGCGUUAUCAUCACCUUCCACAACGAAGCGUGGUCUACACUGCUGAGAACUGUUCAUAGCGUUUUAGACAACUCUCCAAAAAAGAUCCUGAAGGAAAUAAUCCUUGUAGAUGACCUAAGUCACCAAGGUCAUCUGAAAACUGCCCUAAGUGAAUAUGUCUCUAGAAUUGGCGGCGUAAAGCUUAUAAGAAGCAACAAGAGAUUGGGAGUCAUUGGAGGUCGGAUGCUUGGGGCUGCGAGGGCAACUGGAGAAAUCCUUGUAUUUAUGGACCCACAUUGUGAGUGCCACCAUGGAUGGCUAGAACCUCUUUUGAGCAGAAUAGUGAAUAACAGGAACUGUAUAGUGUCCCCAGUUUUAGAUGUCAUUGAUGGGAGAACGUAUAAGUAUUAUCACUCUAUGGAUUUGAGACAAGGAGUCUUUGACUGGAACCUUGACUUUCACUGGGUUACUCUGUCAGAAACUGACCAGAAGGUACGGCAAUCUCCCAUCAUUCCAUUCAGGACUCCAAUAAUACCCGGGUGUGUUAUAGCUGUUGAUCGUCACUACUUCCAGAACAUUGGGGCAUUUGAUACAUUAAUGAAUGUGUCAGGGGUUGAAAAUAUAGAACUUUCCAUCCGGGUGUGGCUCUGCGGUGGAUCAGUAGAAAUUGUACCUUGUUCAAGAGUUGGCUAUUUGCUUAAGAAUCAAACACACAAUGCAAUGCAAAAUGAAACGAUGUUAAGAAGUAAAAUUCGAAUUGCAGAGGUUUGGAUGGACAGCUACAAAGACAUUUUCUACCAUAAUAUUGGAAAGAAAGUGGUAACUAAGCUGCUAGAAAGGAAUGAUGUCACCGAACUGAAGCAACUGCGCCUGCGAUUGGGAUGUAAAGGAUUUACAUGGUUUUUAUCCGAUAUUGAUCCUGCCAUGAACACCACAUAUUCAGUUCUCCAUUCACCAGGACAACUUUUUAAUUCAGGUGCUGGACAGUGUGUUCAGUGUUCACACAACAGUAAAAUGCAGCUGGUUGAACUUUCCAGUUGUGAUGACAAUAAGAAUCAGAUAUUUGUCUAUUAUGAAAAGAAGAUCGAAUUAAGAAUGACAGAGUCUUUUUGCCUGGAUGUAAUAGAUGAAAUGGUACUCCUCCGGAACUGUAACCUUAGCAAUGUAUCCACAUGGGAUUUUAAUGAGGCAGGAUUGGUGAUUCACCUUCCUACUGGCAAGUGCAUCGAGCCAGGAACAACACAGACUGGCAACACAUUCCUGUUUGUAAAACCAUGUAGUUAUAGACAAAAGAACCAGAUCUGGAAAAUGAUACCAAAGUGAGCCAUUCAAUAUGUCAUUUUUGUUGUGUGCUCCUUUUUUUACUGUUAUCUAUACAUUGUUGGAAACUUCACUUUUGGGAUUGUCAUUGGAUCCAAAAUAGCACUGUUGGGCAUUAACAUAUUCUUACCGUAGUCAAGACUUUAUAUAUCGGAGAGAAAAAAGGAGUUUGUUUCAUAUAAAACAUAUUUGUUCAGCUGAUAAAUAAGCCAAGGACAAACACAAAGCUCUGGUGAAACAAUGAUUAGAAGUGUCAAUCAUAGGGUAAUCUGUCUGUGUAAUCAAUUGUGUCCCCCAUGACAGCUAUACAUCAGCAAACUUUUAAAAUAAGAUGCUAAUGUAUAUGUGCAUGAACAGGGAAAGGCCCCAUUCACUUUAAAGAGUACCUGUCACCAAACUAAACUUUAACCCUUUAAGGACCAAGACCAUUUUGGCUUUAAGGACCAGGCCAAUUUUAUUUUUGCAUUUUCAUUUUUUCCUCCUUGCCCUCUAAAAUCCAUAACUCUUUUAUAUUUCAUCCACAAACCCAUCUGAGGGCUUGUUUUUUGCGUGGCCAAUUGCACUUUGUAAUGACUCCUCUCAUUUUACCAUAAAAUGUACAACAAACCCCAAAAAAUAUUUUUUUAGUGAAGAAAUUAAAAUGAAAACCACACGUUUUCUUUAUUCUGUGAGUCAAUACGAUUAAAAUAAUACCCAUCUUUACAUACUUUUCUAUUAUGGUGCUGCUUUUUUUUUUUUUUUUACAAAAUCAGUAUGUUUAAAAUCUCCCUAUUUUGACCACGUAUAACUUUUUCAUUUUUCUGUAUACGAGGCGGUAUGAGGGUUCAUUUUCUGCGGCAUGACCUGUAGGUUUUUGUUAGUACCAUUUGUGUAUAUGUGACUUUUUUUUUAUAACUUUUUAUAAAAAAUAAUUGUGAAUGUGAUGUGACUACCAAGCAGCAAUUUUGUACUUUUUUUUUUUUUUUUACGAUUACGCUGUUCGACGUACGGGAUCAUUAACAUUAUAUUUUGAUAGAUCGGACAUUUAUGAAUGCGGCGAUACCAAAUAUUUUUAAUAAUUAUUAUUUUUUAUGAUUUUUUUGAGGGAAAAGGGGUGAUUAAAAUUUUUAUUAGGGGGGGAUUUUUCAAAUUUUUUUUACUUAUUUUUUAACCUUUUUUACUUUUAUUUUUAACUCAUUAUGUCCCCAUAGAGGACUACUCAUGGCAAUCAUUAAAUUGCCAAUACUGUUCGGUGCUAUGCAUGACUGGAAAGGCGGUGGAGGCAGGUGAGGGAACCUCCGUCCGCUAUCUUAGCUGAUCUGAUUAGAUCAGCGAUUUCAAAUGCUGCACUGCCGCAGAUGCCAUGAUCUGUAUUGAUCACGGCAUCUCAGAGGUUAAUGGCGGAUAUCAGCACAAUCGCUGAUGUCCUCCAUUACCGGCAGCUAUAUGCCGUGCAUGACUCGAGCCCCGCUCCAAUGCUCGUGGUAAUGUACAGGAUGUAAAUGUAUGUCCUGGUGCGCGAAGUACCUCCGCACCAGGAUGUACAUUUACAUCCGUGGUCAUUAAGGGAUUAAAUAUAUUGUUCCUUAUGUAAUUAUAAGAUACAUUGCUAUUUACUUGAUGUUAAACUUCUCGACCUUUAUAUACUUUUAAUGACCUUUAUGUUUUUAACGGCCACAAGGUGGCUGUUUUGUUCCCUUCCGCAAAUCAAACAGUUAAUUUGGUCUCCUCCUGGCUUGGCAGGAGACCAAACUCAGGAAGUGUGUGCGGGGCAUGGCGAGGCACAGCUCUCGCAAACUUCAGUGACGUCGCGCCUGCUGGGGAACGCCCAGUUUCUCCUUCCGGGAGCUCACACAGUGGGAGCAAGGGGAAAGGUAUGAUACAGAUUAUUAAGGGCAGGAGGGGUUUUAGGAGUAGUUAGGGACUAUAAUCUGAGUUAAUUUUGAAAAUAUGAGUUAAUGACAUGUUCUCUUUAAUGACCUAAAUGUUGUCAGCUAAUUGUCGAAACACCUAUAAGUGUACAGUGUGGGGGGAAAAAAAAAAAGCGUUUAGUCAGCCAA